CCUAAGCAUUAGAGAGCUCUAUUUCCUGUUAAAAAUAAUUUGUGGAUAAACAAAAAUCAAAUAUUAAUAAAUAUAGCAUCAAAAUUAAACAAGAACGAUUAUAAAAUUAUAAUAUUUAUUGAAGUUCAUCUAGAGCUGUAUUACGUUAACUAUGUCUGACUUUGAUGAAAGAAGUGGUGUAAUCCGCUGCAAGACUGAAUGGGGAUGCUGGUGGCAAACGAUUGAUGAAGUAACAAUCGAGAUCCACUCUGACACAGAGUUGAAAUCAAAACAAAUAGAAUGCAAAACAAAAGUAAAACACAUUCAAGUAAAGAUAAAUGGAACAAUAAUUUUGGAGGGAGAUUUAUAUGAGGCUGUUCAUGCAGAUGAUACAGUAUGGACAUUAGAGGACAAGCGAAUGAUUAGAAUCUGUCUCAGUAAAUCCCACAAUACCGCAGCCCAUUGCUGGCCAUCAUUGUUGGUUGGAAAGUAUGCAGCAGAUCCCGUCAUAUAUGAUCAAAUGCAAAGAAAGUUAACUUUACAAAGAUUUCAAUAUGAGAAUCCAGGAAUGGAUUUUAGUGGCGCCUCAUUGACAGGAAACUACCACGAUGGCGGGCCACAACUUCCUGGCUAGCUAACAGGCAACUUUCUUGAUGGCAGGCUUCAACUGACAGGCAACAAACUUAAUUGAUGGAGGGCCACAACUUCUAAGCUAGGUUCAAAGACAGGCAACUACAAUGGUGGCAGGCCACAACUUCCAGUCUAGUUUACUUUAACAAGGUCCAUCAUUUUAUGGUACAUCAAUAAAACACAAGCGCCAUUUUU